AUGAAUUCUAAUCCAGGACAAAGCUAUCAGCAGCAACCCAGUAGUAACUCAGAAAGGCACGAUGAUGAUGCUGCUCUCUCUGAAUUUCUGGCUUCGUUAAUGGAUUAUAAUCCCACCAUUCCUGAUGAAUUGGUUGAGCAUUAUUUGACUAAAAGUGGCUUUCAGUGUCCAGAUGUUCGAUUGACCAGGCUGGUUGCAGUUGCUACGCAGAAGUUUAUUGCAGAUGUUGCUACAGAAUCUCUCCAGCAUUGCAAGGCAAGACAGUCUUCUGUGGUUAAAGAUAAAAAGCAGACAAAGGUGGUUUCUUGUGCUUCGCAUUGCUUCUUGGUUAAUACACAGAACAUCUAACUCUUGGUUCUGAUUUUGUUCAGGAUAAGCGGCUUAUCUUGGCAAUGGAGGAUCUGUCAAAGGCAUUGCGUGAGUCAUGGGCUAUCGCUGAAGCUUCUGUCCAGCAUCACAACUUGGAAUCUUGUUUCUUGACGACAUUCUGGCAGUAUAACUUGUGGUUUAUGUCAUUCAAUGCUGUGGGCCAUAUUUAGCCUCAGUAUUUAUUAUUUGCUAAGAAUAAUAAUUUAGUUUCACGUAUUUAAGGGAAGGAAGGAUAGAGGUAGAGUGUGUCUCUGCCUGUGUACCUACACAUCUAUGUCUAACCUAUUAUUGACAAUCUUUUGGAGCAAUGAAAGAGAGUAUAAAAAUGUAGCGGCAAGUGCUGGUUAUGAAGUAUCUAUAGUUUCCAUGUGUAUCUCGUUUCUUGCUUGUAAGUAAGCGAAAUGUAUGGUGACUUUUUUAUGUAUGUACACUAUACAGAUGAACUUAAUCUUCUGACAUAAAAUCUAAUAUUUAUCAUCAUGUUAACUAUGUUGAAUCUCGUCAUACUGAUGUCCCUUUCAACUGGCAGAUCUUUUUCAGUUGACAUCGAUAUGCCUCUGACUUUUGCUGACAGGGGUGACAACCAUUGAACUAUUUAUCAUUGAUUGGACCUCUUUCCUUGAAUAACGUGUAAUCUUUAGGAAGAGGUAGGAAGAGGUUGCCCUUGAUAUCUAUUCUGUUCUACUAUAGUUCUGUUGCCCUUACUGCUCAUAAUCAGUGGGCAGUCAUAUCUGUUGUAGUAUUUGUUACAAGUUUUGGUGUCCUUUUUUACUUUUCAUUUGAAACUCAUGUCUGAGUAGGAUGGUGUUUGGUUCUGUUCUCUUUGAUGAGUAAUUCCUUUAUUGUAUAUGUUGAUUGCAGUAUGGCAUUAAUGUCAAACAUCAGGAGUAUUUUGGUGAUAGCCCUUCGGCUGGUUUGGAUCCUGUUUUGAGGGAGGAGUGAUGAUUCUUGUACUGUAGUCAUCACGUUUUCCUCUUAUUUUUAGAGUUCUCUAGUCAUCCACUUGUAGAAUGAUUUUCUGUUUACUGGCUUACAUGUUAUUCUGCAGCUUGAAAUUCUUAUUUAUACUUGAUAAAUUUAUCAUUUAUUAUUGGGGUUUGUACUAGUAUUGAAAUCAGUUGGAAAUGUCAUUUCAAAGUUGGUAAAAAUCCGUGUAUUUCUUGGGGUAUUUGUAUGUGGUGCUGACAGUUCUUGGCAUUCGGCACAAUUGUUGAUUAUCUGGCAUGGAAAUCGUAACAACUAAAAAGAGAUUGCUCGACCGACCUUUCUUCAACUGAAAUACG